GGUCUAAUCGCUACAACACUAAUCUUCUCUUUCUCUUCUAAGAAGUCCCUCUCCAAACCUCAAACCUGAAGCCUCAAAUCUCAACCCCGAAACCUCAAAGAUUCUAAUCCAGAAAACCUAAUCCUCCAAAUCUCGACAGAGUUAGAAAGAAGCUCUAAUCCUCCACCGAAUUCUACAGUGAGCUACAUACCGGAAAGACUGCAGAACGGUUUCUGGGGAUUUCUGGUUGUGUGGUCCUGUGCUCUGGUGCAAUUUAGGUCUCCUCACACAAGGUGCUUUACUUAACAAAAUCGUCAAACUUUCUUUGCAAUCAGACGCAGCCCGCUCGACUAUAGGUUUGUAAGUUCUUUUUGGAGGCAGUCGAAAAGAAUCAGUAUGGCUGGUUCUGGGUUUGUCCAAACGGUAACAAAGAGUGCCACUACAGACAUGCUCUUCCUCCGGGCUAUGUCUUGAAGUCUCAGAUGAAGGCACUUCUUGAGGAAGAAUCUGAAAAGAUUGCCAUUGAGGACGAGAUUGAAAACCAGUUGUUUAUUGCGGACGCAAGCUUGUUUGUGGAUGAUGCAGAAGCACAUGAAAAAUACCAUAGACAAGAAGAACCUGAAGCUUCUGCAGAGAAGAUUGAACAUGAGGCUGCAACCAACGCAAGUCAAACUUGAAGCUCUUGAGCUCAUCCCAUCCCAUAACAUUUGAAGGCGCUCAUUGCCAUCUGCCGUCAAAUCCUUCAGCUUUGUAGUCUUCAGGAAAUGUUGUGAAUGCACAUUCGACAAAUGUACGACUCCUACACUGUUGGCACUCAAUCAACGAAGGAUGUGACGAACAUAUUUCCUCUAGCAGUGGAUGAAAAGCUAACUCAAUUAGUCUUAAACCCUUGAAAUCCAGCAGCUCACCACUUUCUUGGUCUGGAAUUUUAAUAUCACCCUUACGGAUGGAAACCUUGGCUUCAACAAGACAAGUAUCAUUGACGAGAUGGCUUUUAGAAAGGUCAUGGAUCUCACUUAAUGACAUGGCUAAUUUGAAUCCCCAAUCAUAUUGGCAUUGAACUCAUGCUCAGUGUCUAUCAAAAUAAAAUGAUCAAAUAUCAGUAUAGGUCGCUAAAAUAAGAUAUUGGUGGAGUAGAAAAUAUAUAUGUAUAUAUGGAAUGAAAGCUCAAGUAGAGAUAAUAUGAACUAAAGAGUAAAAA